CCCGCACCGGCCCGCUGUCCUCGUCCUGUUUCCAGAGGCAGGCAGGAUGGGAGGGCGUGUACCCUCGCGUUGAAAUCAGAGACGGGCUUUUCGGCGGUUCCUGUGGUCACAGGCUGGAGCCUUCGUGGAAGAGGGGGACGUGGGCGUUAGACGGGCGGCUCUCUCCGCUGUCCCCUUGCCUUGUUCAUGGGGUGAGGUUGACCUAGAGCUCAGUACUGACCCAGAUGCCGAGGAGAACACGGCAGGCCCCACGCGACCCUGCCCUCGCCAGCCGCACCGGCACACUUGCGGUUGGUCACGGUCCCCGGGCUGGGCAGGCCAGGACAGCCCCGGUGACCUCGAGGGACUCGUUCGACUUCAGGCCCAACCCCUGCUGCUGCUGUGGGCUGCCCUCUGUGGGCCUUUGAGUGCUGUAGCUGUCUCCAAGUUGUGUUUCUCAGAUGUGAACUUCGUGGAUCUGGCCUCUGUGACUGUCCUCAGGUGGGGGAACAGCUCGUUCUCCCCGCUUCUGGUUCUCGACUUGGCAAGGGCGCCCUGCAUUGGGUCACCAUGCACCGACUAACCUGGAGGCUGCAGGGUAAGGUUGUGUGCAGGCACCCAGAGGUGAAAGUCAGUCUGGCCCUGGGUGUGGUGCAGAGUGGGACUGGCUGCUAAAAACCACAUCCCAGUCAGAAUCUGGAAAUGGCAUCUGGGGAAAAGCGUUCGUAGUUAAGAUUGAUGGUGUGGAGCGUUAGCUAGUUUAGCUAGUGGUGUUUGUCCCCUUUCGGUGGAAAUGCUCCAAGGCCAAGCUUUGUGUGGCUCAGGCAGGCAACUAGGAAUCCUGGGGUUGCCAUGGCAUCAGGUGAGGGCGUAGACCCCGCGUGCCCAGCAUGCAGCUGGCCUGCAUCCACCAGGGCCUGGGCCGCGCAGCUCCUUGGGGCCUCCCGAGCCACGUGUGCGGUCCCACGUGUGCCGACAGUUAAGGACUGGCUGGGCUCCUGGGGCCUGCUGAUGUCACCAAGGUGGGGCAGGCUGGAGGGGGGGGGGGCCUGCUGCGCAGACAGGUCGCCAGGAGAGCACGGAGCACGUCACGCCGUCCGGCCCCACAGCCACCGGCCCUUCCCCAGCCCGGGGCAGCCCGGCCUUGAGACAGAUGGAGCCCAGGGACCAGCCACUCGUGGUGGCGCUUCGGAUCCGCCCGCUCAGUGACACAGAACUGGAGGAAGGGGCCACCGUCAUCGCCCACAAAGUGGGAGAUCAGAUGGCGGUGCUCAUGGACCCCGACGAGGACCCCGAGGACACACUGCGGGCACACCGGUCACGGGAGAAGACUUUCAUUUUCGACACCGUUUUCGACCAGCAUGCCUCACAGGAAGACGUGUACCGUGCCACCACCCAGCACCUAGUGGAAGGCGUCGUUUCUGGAUACAAUGCAACGGUGUUUGCCUAUGGCCCCUCAGGCGCAGGGAAGACGUACACCAUGCUGGGCAUGGACGCGGAGCCCGGCGUCUACCUGCGGACCCUCAGUGACCUGUUCCAGGCCAUCGAGAUGCGCGGCAGCAUGGACUGGGGUGUGUCGAUGUCUUACCUGGAGAUUUACAACGAAGUGAUUCGGGACCUCCUGAACCCGUCCUCGGGGUUUCUGGACCUGAGGGAAGAUUCUCGGGGCAGCAUCCAGAUCGCAGGCCUCACGGAAGUCUCUACAUCUAACGCGCAGGAGAUCAUGCACCUUCUCACCAAAGGCAACCGGCAGCGCACGCAGGAGCCCACGGCCGCCAACAAGACGUCGUCUCGCUCCCAUGCGGUGCUGCAGGUCACCGUGCGCCAGCGGAGCCGCGGCUCGGACUUGGUGGAGGGAGUGCGCGUCGGGAAGCUCUUCAUGGUGGACCUGGCGGGCUCCGAGCGGGCGUCGCAGGCCCAAAACCGCGGCAAGAGGAGGAAGGAAGGCGCCCACAUCAACCGCUCCCUGCUGGCGCUGGGCAACUGCAUCAACGCGCUCAGCGAGAAAGGCGGCAGCCGGGCGCAGUACGUGAACUUCCGGGACAGCAAGCUCACGCGCCUGCUGAAGGACGCCCUGGGAGGGAACAGCCGGACCGUGAUGAUCGCGCACAUCAGCCCGGCCAGCACGCACUUCGAGGAGUCUCGGACCACCCUGCUGUAUGCCUACAGGGCAAAGAACAUCAAGACGAGGGUGAAGCGCAACCUACUGAACGUGUCCUACCACAUCGCACAGUACACGGACGUCAUCUCCAACCUGCGCAGGGAGAUCGAGCACCUCAAGUCCAAAAUUGAGAAGCAGGAGGAGGAGAAGAGAGGAGAACCCGGGGUCCAGGACGCACAAGUCAGGAUCCCCUCGCAUGACGGAGAGGAGGAUAGCUGCCGGCAGAUGAACAAGAUCCGGGCGCAGCUUGUUGGGGCCUUCAAGGAGCAGUUGGAGAUGCGGCGCAGCCUGGUGGAACUGGAGAACACCAACAUAGAGCUGCACGUUGACAUGUCCCGCCACCUGCUGACCAUUGCAGACUGGGAGCGGGAGAAGGCCCAGCACCUCGUGCACAGGGACAGGACGCCGGACGGGGACGAGGAGCCGGCAGAGGCGGACGGCGACGAGGGCGAGUCCGUGGAGCCGCCUGAGGUGGCCGUGGCCAGAGAGGAGGUCAACACGCUUCUGGCUGAGCAGAGGAAAGCUGCGGCCCUCAAGGCGGGGCUGGAGCAGCGUCUGGCCAGUGCCAAGGAGAAGGCCUCGCAGCUGGAGCAGCUGCUGCCCGCGCAGGCCAGCAGCGAGGACCAGCGGGAGGUGUUGCGGCUGCUGUGCUGGGCCCACGAGCUGGAGGCCGAGAACACGGAGCUGCGGGCCGACGGCCUACGCAGGAGGAGUCUGCUGUGGCAGAAGGACUUCGUGAUCCAGCGUUACCACCAGCACCGGCUGCUCUGUGAGCAGCUCCUCCGGGACCAGCGGCAGCUGAUCGAGGGUGGCGGCAUCGCGGUGCCCGAGUCCCUGGACGAGCGGUACUGUCUGAUCCUGCGGGAGCUGGGUGCGGGCUCGCUGAACCGGCUGCUGCUGCUGCACUCGGUCAUGUCGAGCUCCCUGCGGGACGGCUUGGUUCUGAAUAAGUCCCCCGCGCCGCAGGAGGAGGCUAGCUGGGACUGGCCAGACGACAGGAAGGACCUCCCGUGGGGUGCCCAGUUUGAACUGCCGCUGAUGCUGCUGGAGGAGGACAGCGGUGGCUACACGUCGUCGCAAGCCACGCCAUCGAAAACGCUGGGAAAGCAGGAUUCCCUUCUCCCUCUGCCAUCCCUCCGCAUCCUGCUAACGCCUCCGGCUCAUGAGGCAGGCCCCCUGAGCGUGAAGAAUUUGGUCUCCAAGCUGGGCGCCCCUGCUGGCCUGGACCUGGGUGCCUCGCGGAUGGCAGCGGAGGCCGGCGGCCCGGCCCUGAGCGCUCAGACCCUCAAGGAGAUGGCCAUGAGCACCAAGAGCAUCGCUCUCAUCGCGGCCACCCGGCGCUCCAAGGCGCAGGACCGCGAGGGUGGCAGCGGCCGCUCCUCCCUCCACCUUCCAGAGGACAUGGCCCUGGACUCCAGGGACCCGAGCCCAGCAGACAGGAGGUGGCCCCACGCCAGCCCGGGCCGGGACCGUUCUGCGGAGAAGGCCAGGGGGAAGCUGUCACCCUCCCUCACCUGGAGCGUGCAGACCGUGGGUGCACGCUGGCUGGGUCCCGGGGUCCAGCUGGGACAGCAGAGCAGGAGCGUCAUGGUGGACGCAGGAGGGCCCCAGGUGACGGAGAACCCUCAACCCCCCUCCGUGGAGCACGUGGCCAAGAGCCAGCCACCGCCUGCACCCCUGCCGCUUACGAAGUCGUCCGGAAAGAGCUUCCUCCCUGCCGUCUCCACGGCCUCCAAGAUAAAGCCCAGCCCCAGUCUCCAUGCAGAUGAGAAGGUGCUGCGGAUGCCUGAGGUCACCUUCACCCUCCCCAGCGCCACGUGGCAGAGCAGCCCGGGCCCCCGCAGGACCCCGCUCGCGCCCCGGGACAUCCGAGGGUCUACAGAGAGCGGAAGCCGACGCCACAGUCCGGUGCCCCCCAGCACCCCCUGCAAGCACCGGGGCAGCACCAAGAGGCCAAGGAGGCCACAGUGAGGAGGUCAGCGGGCAGGCCCGGCACACGGGGGAAGGCCAGAGAGGCUGGCCCCAGACCCAGGGCUCUCUCUGCCUCAGAGGUGGAUUCGAGAGACGAGGCCCCGGCAGGGACCAGCCAGCCCCAGCGUCCCCCGGCCCUUUGCAAUCGGCGGGUGCCUCACCAGCCACCUUCGGAGGAAGGGCCACUGACGGAACUUCAGAACCCUUCUCGAGGACACCGCGUGGGGAGCCUCAGGCAUCUUUUGGGUCAUUCCCAGUUGUGGGUGCUUUUCCCAGGAUCGCUCCACCCCAGAGUUUCUGCCCUGGGAGAAUGCUUUCGCUCUUCACCUGAUUGGGUGAGGCCCACCCACGCCGUGGUGGACCUUCUGCCGAACUCCUUAUUGAUGUAAAUGCUAAUCUCACCUGAAAAACACCUUCAUAGCACUGUGCGUGCUGGUGUUUGACCCAUCACCUAGGUACUGUGGCCCGGGCAACUUGACGCACAGAAUUAACCCUCACACCUCACGAGCCUUGGCCGGCGGGCAGGGUGACACUGCCCACGUAUAUGUAGGCUCCGGAAUAAACCAGCGUCGGGGAAGCACGAGAACAUCCUGCAUUCCCGUGACCCACCCGUCCCCUCACUGUGUUCUGACGUCCCUGUCCACACCCCAUUGUGUGGAGGACACUGUGGAGGACGGCUGGGAUGAGGCAGCUUUGCAGGGUACGUGGAAGCAGCCGCGUAAACUGGGGACGCAGAAACCAAGGUCCUAACUUUUCAUCAAGACAGAAAGACAAGGUCACAGGGAGCCUGAGCGCCGUCCGUGAGCUGCGUCGCCACCUUCCCUGGCUGUGCUUUUGGCACCUGCUGUGGUUCCCGGGCCCGUGCCCGCAUCUCAGGCUCUCGGGGGCACCCCUGCAGGACGUGGGGACCAAAGCCCCCUCCCCCACGGCGGGAGCCACCCCCGGGUGAAGCAGCAGGUGGAGCCAGGGAGUCGGCCUGUCGCACAUCAGGGGCGGGAGGUGUGGGUGGUGGUGUGGCCUCGUGGCCCGGGUGGGCAGCCGGGUGCCUCGGACUCACAUGUGUCCGGCACAUGCCGAACACCCCGUCAAUGUGCCGGCUGGACGCCACGGCCGGGCCCCCUCUUGGCGUAAGACCGCUGUCGGGGAGGACGUGCUAGGGGCUUUGUUGAAGCCGUGCUGUCCUUUCUGGGCCUUCUGGAGGACGGUGGGGAGGUCGGUCCCAUUUGUCUUGAGGAGCCGUGCUGCCUGCUCUGUGCAGACCUGCCGCGGGCACUGUCUGAUGCCCGUGUCCCUCACCGGGGGAGAGGCUGAGCCUGGGGGGCAAGGAGACUUCUGUUCUCCUGCCUUGGUCCCAGAUCCUGGGUAGGGCAGGAAUUACUGGUUGUCCCCUGUAUCUGCUCGCUUUCCGCCAUGAUAAUAGAACCCCCAAUUUUUAGCUAGUCACACGGCUCCCAAAAUAAAGGACCGUAUCUCCCA